AUGGUGUGAUGGCAGAGGCAGGUGUGACCUUGUGAGGCUGGGAGACUGGAUGCAAAAGAGACCUUCUAGGGAUGGGGCAGACAGUGUGUGAGUCCUCCGCUCCACUGCCCCUUUGUCCUCUUCCGCUCCUCAGUCCACUGUCCAGUCCUACCUGGAGGGGGUAAGUGCAGGGCUGGAGCAGCUGCGGUCGGCGGCCCAGGAGGUGCAGAGCAUGUGCCAGGACCUGGGGGCUGCACGAUGGGCCCUGCUCGACACUGCAGACCACUUCCACGGCCUCCAGCAGAUGCGGGCGUUGAUGGCGGAGCAUGUGCAGUUGGCCUCAGUGGUCCAGGUGCUGCCCCAACUCUUCUCAGUCCAAGAGGUGUUCUCCCAUACGCUGCAGCUGCUCCAUGGGCAGCAGCUCCUGGAGGCCCACGCAGAGCUCAUGAUGAUGGAACACCUCCGGGAUGACAUCCUCUCCCAGCUGCACCUCCACGGACUCUCCAAUGCCCAGGCAACUGUGCUGUCCUACUUCAGUGGCCUGCAGGAGCUCAACGAGACCCUGGCCAAGCAGCUGUGGGACAUCGUGGGCAGCAGCCUGCGGCUGGUGCACGAGGACCCAGUUCUCUUUGUCACUGCUGUCAGGGUCAUUGAGCGGGAGGAGAAAAUAGAUGAUACCCUGCUCCUGGAGGCCACCUUCCUGCCCCCUGGCCGCCCAAAGGGCUGGAGGCAGAAGUUCUACCAUGUUCUCCAGGAGACCAUCACAGGAGCUCACUUUCAAGCCCCCCGCAUGGACUCGGAGGGGCCAGGGCUGGCCAGGCACUUGGCAGCGCUGCAGAAAGGCAUCGUGUCCGAGCUGCGUGUGGUGAAGGACCUGAUGGUCCAGUGCGUCCCAGCUCACUACAACAUCCUCAGCGUCUGCACUGCCACCUUCCACCAGGCCCUCAGCAGCCACCUCCAGGACAUCCUCCGGGAGGACCUGGACAAACAGGCGCUCUUCCUCCUCCUGGAGUGGGCACUUCGUGUGUACCACAGCCCAGAGAUGAUGGGUCACCCCGACCUUCUCCCAGAAGUGGACGUUUCUGCUCUGGGUCCCUUGAUGCCCCCUGAGCUCACAGAUCAGACAGAGAGGAAAUAUGUGGUGAAAGUCAAGGCCAGUGUGCUCGAAUGGAUGCAGAGGACCUUGGAGGUGGAAUUCAAGGAAUGGUUCAGGGAAGAGGAACCUGAGACAGACCAUCAGGGCUUCUUCCAGUCAGCCCUGCCCGUCAUUGUCAUGCAGAUGCUGAAAGAGAACAUCCAGGUAGCCUCCUUGAUCACUGAGUCUCUGCAACAGAAGGUCUACAACAUGGCCUUGGAGGAGCUUGAGGCAUUUCUGGGCCGGCUGCGGGAAGCCCUAGUGCAAUGUGGGAAGGAGCACCAGAACGACCGUUCCAUACCCAAGUACUACAUGUCCUACCUACUGGCCACGCUCAACAACAACCUGGCUCUUAGCUCCUCUGUCUCCUCCCUGCACCCCAACACUGCCUGCAGAGAAGUCCCCUCGUCCCUCCGUGCUGCUUUUGACAGGACACAGAAGAAGGCCUGUCAGCUGCUGCUGGAGGAGCUGCUCUUGGACCUGCAGCCCCUCUGCCUGCAGCUGCAUUCCCGCAAGUGGCUCUCGGGGUCCCAGCUCAUCAGCAGCAUGUGUGAAGUGAUCGACAAGUAUGCAAAGGACUUCUCCCGUGUCAGGAGACCCAUCUUCAUGCUCCUGCUGAUGGAGACCGAGCUGGUGGUGGCCAGCCAGUACCUGCGAGCACUUAUGCAGAAGAAGGUGGUGUGCAAGAGCGAGGAGGAGCGCAGCCAGCUCUGCGCCCGCCUGCUGCUGGACGCCACGCAGCUCCGCGAGCUCUUCUGUGGGCUGGGUCUGGACCAGAGUCAGCAGAGCCUGGAGGCCGUCUUUGCCCUGCAGGAGCUGAUCUGCCUCAAAGACCCAGCACUGCUCAGCCUGGAGGUGCUGGGCUUCAUCACCAAGUACCCUGACGUCAGCGAUGAGCACAUCUCCACCUUGCUGGAUAUCCGGGGUGAUGUCUCCAAGGAGGUGCGGCACAUGGUGCUGGACAUGAUGGCGCAGCACCCCCAGGUCAUGCCUGAGAGCUACCGGCCGAUCUUCAGCACCAUCCUGGUCCCCAUGCCGGAGCUGCCCUUCUGCCUUCGCAAGGGCAAGUGUGCCUGAUGCUGUUCCCCACAGCCUGCUCCUGCUGCCCCACCCACAUACGGACCAUGCAAGACACCGCUGAGGCUGCGUGAGGGUAGAGUGGAGAUGACACAUGGCAUCCCCGACACACAGCACCUCACCCUGUGUUGGGGAUAGUAUGGAUAUGUGCCAUCCUCCUCUGCUCUUGCCUCACUGAGCUGAUUGUUCCCUUCUGCAAGCACCAGUCCCAGGAGAGUUGGGUCAGGAAAAAAACAGCCUGUAGCUGCUGUGCUGAACUGCUGAGGCAGGAGUUGCGGGCUGGCCUAUUGCCUGCAGGAAAGAGAGACACAGAGCACAGGACAGGAGUCUGCAGCUGGGGUGAGCCCACAUCUCCAUGGGGCUAGAGAUACUUGGGUUUCCCCAAGAAUCCACACAACUCUCUGAGCCAGCAUAUCCCACCAUGGAGUCUGUUACCACCCCAGCUCUGAGGCAGGCUGGAGCCUUGCUAGACGCAGGCUUGCAGGAGGGUUUUAGCCAUGGGAUGAUUUGCUCUGUUCUGGCUCAGCCCAGAGGUCUGGUAUUGCUGCUCCACCAGCCUGGGCCCUGUAUGGACAGUGGAGAGCAGCUCAGCUGGCUCAUCAUGGCUCACGGAUGCAGAGGAGAAGGGCACAAGGGGGUCUCACCACCUGGGGCAGUGCUGUCAGCCCUGUCCCUGCUGGCAUGAAGGGACAGCUCUGACCUGCCCAGCUCCUGGCCCGGCUCUUUUGCCAACAUCCAAGACAAGACUCGAGUCCAAGACUGUUGCAUUGGUGCGUUCAGCAUCCUCCUGUCACAAGCUUCCUCCAUGAUGGUCAGCGCUGCGCUGGGCACUGGCUCUUCCUCCAUCUUCUGCUGCUGUCCAGCCAUUGGUCGCAUUCUCCCCAGGUGCCAUGUGGAGAUCAGGAGCAAAGCCUGUCUGUCUGCCUGCAUCAUGCCCCUGCAGCACUCUGGGGGACCUCCACGCUUCCUGCCUUGUGGUGGGCCAGAUCCUGCUCUGCUUGCGUGGCACCACUGCCAGAAAUAAAGGCCUGAGCUCUGCAAUCACUCA